CAACUCACAAUCGACACAAACACAGUAAACAGAAACCUCAAACUGUCUGACAACAACAGGAAGGUGACGCGUAUAAUAUCGAUUCCAUUAUAUCCUGAUCAUCCAGACAGAUUUGACUGGUGGUCUCAGCUGCUGUGUAAAGAUGAUCUGAAAGGUCGCUGUUACUGGGAGAUCGAGUGGAGGAGACUGGCUUGUGUAUCAGUUAGUUACAGUGGAAUCAAAAGGAAAGGAGGCAGUCGUGAGUCUGUGUUUGGCUUAAAUGAUCAGUCUUGGUGUCUGAGCUGCACUGAUUAUGCUUAUUCUGCCUGGCACAGAACCAGAAAAACAUCCAUCUCCUCCUCCUGUGUCUCUAACAGAGUAGCAGUGUAUGUGGACUGUCCUGCUGGCACUCUGUCCUUCUACAGAGUCUCCUCUGACACUCUGAUCCACCUCCACACCUUCAACACCACAUUCACUGAACCUCUUUAUCCUGGAUUUGGGUUCUUGAAUCCAUCCGAUAUUUUGGCAAAGAAUCCUGCUCAAAGAUAUCAGCAUGUUGUGAAUCAACUAUUAUUUGACUUUGAGUCAGUGACUCUGUGUAGUUAGUCUUCCCCUGUUAGAGAAACAGUUCAGUCUGUACGUGUCUGUCUCUUUCACUUAGAAACACAUCAUGAGAUUUAGUCUGGUGAGCAGCCAGGGCUCAUCCUUAUAUUUAUUUUCAGUACAUUUAGAAUGAUGAAAUAACUCAACUUUGACUUGUCAGUGGCGGCAUUUAGAGAAUUAAACCAUCCUUUAGAAACUAUCGUAAUUCCCGGACUACAGAGCGCACCUGAGUAAAAGCCGCAUGCUCUAAUUUUAGAAAGAAAAUCAAUUUUGUACUUGUACAGGCCGCACCGGAUUUUAAGCCGUAUGCGU